AUGAAGUACUUGCGCGGUUUCAUUCGUCCAGAACUCGUCAAUGUGCCAGUUAUCGCUCUAACGGCAACAGCCCCACCGUCCAUUGAACAACAAAUUACUUCCGCAUGUGGAUUGUCAGACUUCAUCACUGUGCGUCAGAAAACGUCGAGACGGAACAUCAGGUAUGAAGUUUACAACGUGAAGAGGCAAAAUCUCAAUCGUAAGGUGGACGAAAUGCUUGACUAUUUGCGUAACGUUUCCGGUACAUCUCCCUCCAGAGCCAUCACUUACGUGCAAACAAAAGAUGAAUGUGACUCGCUCUGUAUGAUGUUACAAACCCUGAACCCGGACAUGCCUUGCUUCAAAUAUCAUGCAGGUAUGGAAAAGGAUGACAGAAAUGCAAUGCAAUCCGGCUGGGAAGAUGAAUCUGAUGGACUUCCGCACGUCAUGGUUGCAACGAAAGCAUUUGGAUGCGGCAUUGACAUCUCCACUGUUCGGAUUGUCGUACAUGCUGGUCUUCCAAGCACGCUCACUGAGUACGUGCAAGAAAGCGGACGUGCCGGUCGUGACGGCCAACCUGCCAAAAGUACUGUGCUUAAUAUUAUCGAUCAGUUCAAUCAUUCAGUUGAACCGCAAUUGUCCGGUUUCGGUCCUAAGCAGCUGGUGAGUGUCGUCGGUGGCUGGUGGACCUGUUCAUGGACGGGUGUUCUGAUCACCGACCUUGUCAAGAACGUGGGAUGGAGGCUUGUGAUAUUUGUUCUUCCGAAGGAAGUGGAAUACGUUUACGUAGACGUGCUUCCGAAUUCCAAAACGAGGACACCUGCAGGAAAGAAGUUCAGAUUCGACCUACAAGGAAGCGCGUGA